CGCCUGAGUCGCGGACGGCGCUAACGGUUGCUCGGUCGCUCGGAGCGUCACUUUAAACUCUGUUCAGCCGCCGGUUAAAGCGCUCGUCGGUCCCCACCCUUGUUUCCGCCAUGGUGUCGAGAAUGGAGGAGAAUCCGCCGGGUAUAAGAGAGCUCUCAGCACCUUGUCUUUCCAUCACGUUUGGAAACUUUUAUUGCCGUUUAUCAACAUGAGGACAAAAGUUGUGCCAAUGAAAGUCAAAGAAGCCAAUGUGAGACUGAGAAACAAGAAUAAAACUGUUUGAGACAUCAUCCAAACCUUAGGCUUACCAAAAUCAACUGUUUGGAACAUCAUUAAGAAGAAAUAGAGCACUGGUGAGCUUACUAAUCACAAAGGGGCUGGCAGGCCAAGGAAGACCUCCACAGCUGAUGACAGAAGAAUUCUCUCUAUAAUAAAGAAAAAUCCCCAAACACCUAAGAUCAGAAACACUCUUCAGGAGUCAGGUGUGGAUUUGUCAAUAACCACUGUCUGCAGAAGACUUCAUGAACAGAAAUACAGAGGCUACACUGCAAGAUGCAAAACACUGGCUAGGUUACAGUUUGCCAAAAGUAAAAGGAGCACCCACAGUUCUGGGGAAAAAGGUUUUGUGGACAGAUGAGACAAAGAUGAACUUGUAUCAGAGUGAUGGCAAGAGCAAAGUAUGGAGGAGAGAAGGAACUGACCAAGAUCCAAAGCAUGACACCUCAUCUGUGAAACACGGUGGUGGGGGAGUUAUGGCUUGGGCAUGUGUGGCUGCUGCAGUGCCCGCAGAGCUAUCUUUUGAAGAACGAGAGGAGUUGGAGAACAUUAGACGAAGGAAGAAGGAGCUAAUGGCUGACAUUGAGAGGUUGAAGGACGAGAUUGCCGAAGUAAUGAGUGAGAUUGAGACUCUGACCUGUAGCGAUGAAAGUUCCUUCCUACACACUGCACAUCAUGGGAUGUGGGACGAAACCAGAGCACCCGGGGGAGACCCAUGCGGUCACAGAGAGAACGUGCAAGCUCCACACAAACAGCACCCAAGCAAAAUAUCCCAAAGGAAUAAACAAAUGGCGAUGGGACGAAAGAAAUUCAAUAUGGAUCCCAAAAAGGGUAUUCAAUUUCAAAUAGAAAAUGAUCUUCUCCACAACACUCCUGAAGAGAUAGCCCAGUUCCUAUACAAGGGGGAAGGAUUAAAUAAAACUGUCAUAGGGGACUAUUUGGGUGAAAGAGAUGAAUUUAACCUGAAGGUCCUACAAGCAUUUGUCGAGCUUCACGAGUUUGCUGACCUUAAUCUAGUACAGGCUUUGAGGCAGUUUCUGUGGAGCUUCAGGCUGCCAGGAGAGGCUCAGAAAAUAGAUCGGAUGAUGGAAUCAUUUGCCUCGCGUUACUGUCAGUGCAAUCCAGGGGUCUUCCAGUCAACAGACACUUGCUAUGUGUUGUCCUUCGCCAUCAUUAUGUUGAAUACAAGUUUGCAUAACCCCAACGUGAGGGACAAACCUGCCGUUGAGAGGUUCAUCUCCAUGAACCGGGGCAUCAACGAAGGUGGAGAUCUUCCAGAAGAGUUACUCAGGAACCUGUAUGACAGUAUUAAGAACGAGCCUUUCAAAAUCCCAGAAGAUGAUGGCAAUGAUUUGACGCACACAUUCUUUAACCCUGACCGGGAGGGCUGGCUACUAAAAUUAGGGGGAAGAGUGAAAACAUGGAAGCGCCGAUGGUUCAUUCUCACAGAUAAUUGCCUCUAUUACUUUGAAUACACAACGGACAAAGAACCUCGAGGAAUAAUUCCUUUGGAGAAUCUCAGCAUCCGGGAAGUUGAAGAUCCAAGAAAGCCUAACUGCUUUGAGCUCUUCAACCCCAGCCACAAAGGCCAGGUUAUCAAAGCCUGCAAGACUGAAGCUGAUGGGCGCGUGGUCGAAGGCAACCAUGUUGUGUAUCGAAUUUCAGCACCAACCCCAGAGGAGAAGGAAGAGUGGAUAAAAUCAAUCAAGGCAAGUAUUAGCAAAGACCCCUUCUACGACAUGCUGGCCACCAGAAAAAGAAGAAUAGCCAACAAGAAGUAACCGCAGGGAAACCGAUUCGUGCCUAGCAGGUGCCGAUCUGUUUGAAACACACCAGUCUUUGGAAGCUUUAUAGUGCAAGAAAUGAAGAAAUCCACCUGACCUAGGUCCUUGUGAUUGGAGUUGAUCAGACAUUCCUCUGUCUAGGUUUAUAGAAAAGUCUUGCUUUUAAAAAGUGUUUGAACACAAUGUCUGACAAGAAAUCAUGCACAGCUGUGUGAAAUUCUACUUUUCAGAAAAAAAGACUUUUGCACACUAAUUUCUUUUUUGUAGGUGGGGAAGAGAUGUCUCGGGCACUUCUAUCUCAGCUGGUCUGAGAUGGGAGCAGGGAUGGUUGAGUUGAUCUGCAAUAGGAGGCUGUACACAAGGAAACACUACUUUCCAUCAUAGUUUAUAGUCAAAACUAUAAUCAAGUAUUAAUUUGAAAGUCCAAGAAAUGUGACUGAUUUAUUAUAAACAGUUGUACUAAGCUCUUUGUUAAAAAGAAUAAAAACAGACAAGAGCACUAAUCAUUCUUACACCCAGAGAUCCAUGUGCUGUAUUUGGCACAAAGGGGAAAUGGAACCAAAAGUUCUUGGCAAGAACUUUAUUUAAUAUAAUCUGCACCA